AUGUCACUUCGCCCAUGCACCUUCAUUAAUUUCGCGCAUUGUCCGUUCUCACGCGACAUGACAUCAGCGAUGACGUCGAAACGCAGCCCCUUUCUCCCUGUCAAGUUCAUGUCUGUAUUACGGACAUCCACUACAUCCGUUUCUUUCUUUCCUUCUUUCUUUUUCUACUUCCAUCUUUCCAGUUACCUUCACUCUUGUCUUUCUUUCUUUCAUUCUUUUCAUUGUUUAAUUUUUAUUGUCAUUUCUUUUCUUUUUAUUUCUUUCCCUCUCUCCUUCUUUCUUUCUUUCUUUCUUUCAUUUUUGUAUUUUCUGUUCAUUCUUCGCUUUUCUUUUUCUCUCUUCCUUUUUUCUUGGCUUUCUUUCCUAUCAUUCUUUAUGUUUUUUCUCUCUCCCUCUUAUUCUUUCUUUCUUUAUGUCUUUCUAUCUUCCAUUCCUUUCUUUAUGUCUUUUUCCCCUUUCUUUCUUUCUUCCGUUCUUUCUUUCUUUCUUUCUUUCUUUCUUUCUUUAUUUAUUUAUUUAUUUAUUUUUCCUUUCUUUAUGUCUUUUUCCCUUUUCUUUCUUUCUUCCUUUCUUUCUUUAUGUCUUUCUAUCUUUUUUUCUUUAUUUCUUUUCUCCUUCCUUAUGUUUAUUUUUCUUUCAUACUUUCUUUGUUUUCAUCUUUUUCUCCUGUUUUCUUUCUCUAAUUAUUUCUCAUUUUUAUCUAUUUUCACUCUUUCUUUUACUCUCCCCUUCUUACAUUCACUUUCUCUCAUUUUUUCUUUCUUUUUUUUUUUCUUUUCUUCUUUCUUUCUUCCUUUCUUCAUUCGACCGUUCGUUCUUUCUUUCCUUCUCCCCUUUCUUUUACUUCUUUCUUCAUAUCUUUCUCUGUUUCUCACUAUUUUCCUUUUGCUCUCUCUCUCCUCUCUCUCUCUCUCUCUCUCUCUAUCUAUCUAUCUAUCUAUCUAUCUUGUUUCUUAA